GUCCACAGGAGGGCUCUAUGGAUAGACCUGUGCUGAAGCUCUGCGCAUGCGCGGAGUCCCCGCGGAAAUUCAAACGCUCGUGCUCAGCUGACAGACGCGGACGUUUGAAAACUCUACAAACUCUGCCACGGUUAUUUUGCUGAGGUGAUAAGAUGGAAAAUCAGAAGAGACCGAGAGAUCCACUGGAGGAAAACUCUUCAGCUUCUAGUGAACUUGAAAAUGUGUUGAAGAAAAGGCGGCUGGCAGCAGGGGGAGAGGAGAACCUGGACCCCAAGAAAUCACCUGCCAGGACACGCUUGCGAUUGGCAGAGCUGGAGGUGAAACCAGACACUCCAGCCAUAACCUCCAUCCGCUCCAGAGUCCAGCAACUCAGCCAGAGACGAGAUGGUGGGACUGGGUUAGUCCAGCGCUGUCUGUCUGACCCCGGGUCCGAGGGUUGCACCGACAGCAUGUCCUCGCAGAUCUGUCAUAUCGGUGAGGGAGAGUUUAGCUCUCGCCUGGAGUGCUUCAAAGCGCCGACUCCACUGAACAGCCCCGGUCACACCACGCCCUGCACACGCAAUCUCUCCAGCUUUGUGCAUGGCAUCCAACAGCAGCUGAACACUGCAGUGACACCCAGCAGUAAAGAGGCCUCCCGUAUCCGCCAGGCACGUGAGAAUGAAUUGCGUCAAUUGAAGGUUCAGCCAGUGGCAGAAAACAUGUGGUUGAAGAGGAGUCUGUCUGACUCUUCCCUCACUGAGAGGCCAUCUCCAUCCACAUCCUCUCCCUGGGUUCACAGGAAAAAUCAAAAACCCCAGUGGCCUCCAUUACAGCCCGGGACUGAAGAGUUAAAGGGAUCUGAAUUCAGCUCCUGUGAGGUUGACAGUAAGGUAUUUGAUGAAAGUCUGAACACACCACCGCCAUGUUCUGUGGACAUCCGUUUCCCCAAUGAAGAACUUUAUACAUCUAUAGAACCUGGGGCUUUGAGCACUUCCACUCUAAUUGACAAGAUGUUUGAAGAUGUCCUGCAGCAUGCAGACAAGGAAGUGGAAGUUGAAGGUGAAGAUGGAAAUAAGGAAGAGGGGGUGGAGAAAGAUGAGAGCAAUUCCUCAGAGACUGAAAAGGAAGACAAAACAGAUUUGGACACAGUUGAAAAGGAAGACAAACAGGAACCAGUCACAGUCACAUUAAAUGAGUAUCCUCUUGACCAGAGUGAGAUGUGUGAAGAGAGUGAAGAAACUCCUGAUGCCAGUUCUGCAACCGAUAAAGAGAAGGAGCUCCAGUCUGUUAAUGAUGGUGAAGAAGAAAUGGAAAAAAAGCAGGAGAGCACCCCCAUGGGUGAUGAGGACUUUCUAACCCUGCCACCCAGCUGUAUCCUCUCUCCUCUCAGCAAGUCUGUGGAGGCUGUUGUCACACCACUGAAAAUUGAAAUCACUGUUUCUGAGCCAUCAGUACAGCCGCCCUCACCUGAAGAAAUGACAGCUAGUCCUGCUGACAGUGUUCAACCUUUAUACAGCAUUGACGCCUACCGCUCACAGAGGAAGAUCCAUCCCCCCUCUACUCAGAGCUUAACCCCUGGAGUUCAGAAGCAGGUUCAAGAGAAGACCUGCUCAAAAAAGCCCAUAAACACCAAGGAGAGAAUUAAGGCUUUAAACGAGGAAGCAGCCAAGUUGCAGACAAUCAUCUCACAGACACUGCAGGCUCUGAGCUGCUGCAGUGACGAGGAACAUGGGAAAGGUUCCCAGCAGGAGGCAGAGGCUGAGAAACUCCUGCUUGUCUCCAGUGAGAAGCGAGCAGCCUUACAGACGGAGGUCAGCAGGCUGAGAGAGGGUGAGUCUGGUGAGCCAGACUCCCAGAAUGCACCUCUGCAGCCCUGCAGAGGCACAGUCAGCAUCAGCAGCAUCCAGCUGCCCCUCAAAGUGGAGUUUGUGUGCUCUGCUCGCACAGGCCGCCCAACACACUACUUCUUGGUUUUGAUCCGUUAUGGCCCAUGUAAUAUUGUGGCAACACCUUUGGCUACAGCUGCUGAUGCCCAAAAUGGAGACACCAUCACCUUCCCAACUUCCAUUACACUACAAGACAUUCGCUCCAAUUUUGAGAUUGAUGUUGAGGUCUACAGUUUGUCCAGUACUCAGAGUACUACAUGCAGCAUGAAUACUCUGCAGUUCCGCAGCUCAACAAAGUCAAGGGUGACACCCAAGAAGAUUCUCCACAGUAUCACAAAAUCUAACCAGAGUGUAACAUCGGCUACUCUGCCUGGUCUGAGUGCCCAGCGCUCUAGUAACUUCACAUUAGUAGGCUCUCACAAGAUUACCCUGAAUUCAUUGGGACAGAGCAAGUUUCCUCUGGACAAGGUUCCCUUCCUCUCUCCUCUAGAGGGCCAUAUCUAUCUGCGACUGCACAGCGAGGGCCACUCCAACGUCCAGCAUCAGGGCUUUUUGACCAUGUUUGAGGAUGUGAGUGGCUUUGGAGCUUGGCAGAGGUUCUACUUCCUUCUGGAAGGAGAACACCUUCUCUACUGGAACUACCCAAAUGAGAUGGGCCACAAGCCAGCAGAUGGCAGUCUCUCUCUCUUUGGCUUCUGCAGUGUCAGGCCUGUGGAGCGAGAGUGCUGUGCACGGCCACACACCUUUGAAUUAGUAGAGACAAACACCCUCCAGCAAGAACACAGCCAAACCUUGAAGAAGUGCUGGUUUUCAGCAGAUACACGAGAAGAGAGGUCGGACUGGAUGGAGAAACUGAAUCAGACCUUACUGGAUUCUCUAACCUGGAACAGGAAGCCUGUCUCCAACGAUAACAGGGCCAGCACGUCUUCUAACACCGAAAACUCUCGUGAGAGCAUCCUGUAACACAACACAAAUGUCAACCCUCAUCAUGUAACACUAAGAAAGGAGAUCUUAGAUAAGAUCAUACAGUAUGUGGCACUAAAAAAAAGUGCAUGAAGAGCUUCUGAGAAUAAAUUCGGGGGAAGCCAAACGGGACUGUUUUAUAUAAUAGUGCAUCACAAUCUACAUAUAUACAUUCUACUACUUUAUUGGAUGCUUGCAUAAUAGUGAUAUAUUUGUUAAGAUUUUUGAUCUAUCAUUGCAUCCUAUAGAUUGUGCUAUAUUUUAGAAUGGUUUACCGCACUGUAAGGAUAGAUGGAUUUGCCAUUGCCAUUCAUUUUCAAGCCAUGUAGUCAGAGCAGUCUGGUUUGAGUGCAUGAGGUAAGUAAGUCUCCUAAGUGCCUAUUUGACUGUUUAUUAAUCUCCUGCCUUAUUCUGACAGUUGCUCGUGAUUGAAUGAUCAACUGAAAUGCUUUACAUUUUAAUGCAAUAAUCUGUUUUUUGGUUAUGCUUAUGUAUGAGGGUGUCCUUAAUUACAUGAUAUGAAGUUUACUGCAUUAGUAGGGAAGCACUGCUUGUCGGCCUUCGACUAAAGCUUUUUAUGUUUCAUUUACUCUGGGAACAAUUUAUUUGACUGUCAAAGUGCAGUCUUCAUCUAGAAGGGAGAAUCGUUUUUAUUUGGAUGUGCAAUAUAUGAAGUACAUUCUGAAUCGUAUAGUUUAUGAUUUUUUUCUGGGAGGACAGUUUCAUAAUGUUGCUCCUUAUGAUUUGAUUUUGAAAAAUACUGACGGAUGUUUACUUCAAAAAUGGUUUUGGGAGUACCUGGCCAUGCAUUAUAUCUAGUGAGGUUAGAAGACAAGUCUUGGCAACAUAAACUAAACAACUGAGUU